AUGGCCAGGAAACACGAUAAAACCGGCACGAACCCCGAAGCCGCUGCUCAGCGUCUGCGUCAACUCUCAACGCAUAUACCAGAAGCCGCGGACUACUCCGAUGUCCUAUCCCAAAUCACCACGCUCCGCUCGCUUGCCGCCACUCCUGACCCUCAAAACAGGGGCUAUAUCCGCCAAAAGCAAGCCGGGAAGCUUUGGGUACGUGAGCGGAUUGACCUGCUCUUCGAUCCCGGGACCUUUUCCGAAAUUGGGUCUAUCUCAGGCACAGUCACCUGGAGGAAAAGCGGUCCGCGACAGGAAAUGCCAGAGUCAUUUGUGCCCAGCAAUAAUAUACAAGGCACGGGCAAGCUGUCUGGAAGACAGGUCCUCCUCACAGCUGACGACUUUAGCAUCCGUGGCGGACAUGCAGAUGGCUCCACGUUCACGAAAACAAUAUACCUGGAAAAAUUGGCGAUUGCACUCAAGCUACCGGUGGUGAAGUUAGUAGACGGGAGCUCGGGAGGAGGGAGUGUGACGACGAUCAAGAAGGCGGGCUGGAGCUACCUGCCGUACGUCCCUUCAUAUCAAUAUGUGGUGCAGCAGUUGAAUAUGGGGAUCCCAAAUCUGGGGGCUGUUGUGGGCCCAGCGAUUGGCCUUGGUGCAGCACGAGUGGUAUCAUGUCAUUUCUCCGUGAUGGCUGCCGAUAUUGGGUCGUUAUUCAACGCCGGACCAAAGGUGGUGGAAGGUGCUACUUUCGAGGAAGGGCUAGAUUUCCAGAGCCUGGGAGGACCGAUGAUCCAUUGCACAAACGGCACAAUUGACAACAUUGCAGCCAACGAGGCGGAGUGUUAUGAGCAAUUGCGCACGGUUUUGGGUUAUCUCCCUAAUUCUGGGAGUGACGCCCCGCCUGUGAAACCGUGUGACGAUCCAACGACUCGAGAAGAGAUCAGCUUGCGGAGGAUUAUACCUCGGAGGCAAGCUCGCAUGUAUAAUCCCCGGACCAUCAUCACAGCGAUCGUGGAUCGGAAUUCAUGGUUCGAGAUUGGGGCGUACUGGGGCAAGACGGCCAUUGGGGGACUGGCUCGUCUGGAUGGACACCCGGUAGGAAUCAUCACCUUGAACUGCGAGGUUAACGGCGGUGCCCUGGACGCUGGUGGUAGCCAGAAAUUGACUAGACUGUUGAAACUGUGCGAUGUAAUGAAUCUGCCUGUAUUGCAGUUCAUCGACGUCCCCGGAUACGCCAUUGGAACUGUAGCCGAACGGACUGCCACGAUGCGUUGGGGCGUCGAGCUUGCCAAAACAUAUUUUUCCACAACCAUGCCCAUCUUCAACGUCAUCACUCGUCGAGCGUUUGGCGUUGCAGGUGGUAUCAUGCUUGGAGCCCGUGACCCUGUCAUGCAGGUUGCCUGGCCCUCGGGACAAUGGGGAUCGUUACCUCUUGACGGUGGAAUCGAAGUCGGACACCGGCACGAGCUUCGUGAAGCAGAGAAGGAAGGCAACAAGACUGAACGGUACAAGGAGCUGGAAGAUGAAUAUAUACGGUUGAUGAACCCGGUGCGGACAGCCAAUGCCUUUGGAGUCGAGGAGAUUAUCGACCCCAAAAACACACGCUCGAUCUGCUGUGCGUGGGCGAAGCAUGUGUACGAGGCUUUGAUGAGCGACCGGCUGGCUGAUCGCGCCUGUGGGCGAAUCCGGCCUGUUUUUUGA